GAGAUGAAAAUGGGGCGUCUCCCCGCAAAAAACCCCGCCGCACAUCCCUCCGUUCCGGGGUCUUGAUUUCUGGGGUAACAAGGCUCAAGCUUGUGUCUUUCUGCUUCGCUUUUUGAGAUAUAUCAGAUGUUCCAGAUCUUCGGAAAAUGACCACCAUCCUGUCUCCACUUGCCCUGAAUACAACUUGACCAUGGACGAAAUUCACGCCAAAAACGAUGUUGAACUUGUUGAGGCCAUCAUCAAGCCCAUCAACCAACUUCCGCUCCCAGACGAGCUCCUACACCUUGACGAUGAAGGCAUCCAGAAACUUGAAAAAGGGUUGGUAAAGCGGCUAGACUGGACUUUGAUGCCAGUUGUCGUGCUCCUGUUUCUUCUCAAUAUUCUGGACCGGAACAAUAUCGCAAAUGCAAAGGUUGCUGGCUUGCCCAAGACCCUGGGAAUCUCGGAUUCUCAAUAUAACACUUGUCUGAUGAUUUUUUACGUCGGAUAUGUCCUCACACAAGUCCCUUCGAAUCUCAUCAUCCGAAAAGUCCGCCCGUCAAUCUAUAUUUGCGGCAUUACUUCUGCUUGGGGAAUCAUCUCCAUGUCUCAAGGUUUCACCAAAAACUUUGCUGGACUGUUCGCUAGUCGAUUCAUUCUCGGUCUUGUUGAAGCACCAUUCUUGCCUGGAGUCUUCUUGAUGAGCUGCUGGUAUAAACGAACCGAGCUGCCACCUAGAAUCGCUUUCUUGUAUGGUGCCAACAUGCUUGCCAGUGCAUUUGGUGGGCUCAUUGCUGCUGGAAUCAUAGCCAGAAUGGAAGGCAAACUAGGCAGACCAGCAUGGGAGUGGCUCUUCAUUAUCGAGGGCUCAAUGACUGUUGUGAUCGCACUACUAGUUAUGCCCAUCCUACCAGACUAUCCUCUCCAGAAAGCCAGCAAAAUUAUCUCCCACGAACAACAACUCUUCGCGGAAUGGCGAAUCCGCAAAGAAAACGCCGGUAUCCGCGACGAGGAUCCAGAGUCCAUCUUAUGGGGCUUGAAACAAGCUUUGUUCGAUCCCAAGUUGUACAUGUUCAUCAUCCUUCAGAUGUCUUUGAUCACCGCACAAUCAUUCACCAAUUUCUUUCCUAGCAUCGUCGGUACACUUGGAUAUAACACCACGAUCACGCUUCUACUUACGGCACCUCCUUAUCUCCUUGCGUUCAUCACGUCUCUCGCAAUCUCAUUCCAUGCUGCGCAUAAAUAUGAGCGUGGGUGGCAUAUUGCCAUCCCCAUGCUAUUCGCUCUCCUAGGAAACUUGAUGGCCAUGUUCGUACCCACCCUCGGGGGCCGUUACUUCUCAAUGUUCCUCAUGUGCGCAGGCUCGUACUCGCCAUACAACCUCUGCGUUUCCUGGCUCAGCGCAUCACUUCCCCGCCCAGCAUCUAAGCGAGCCGCCUCUCUUGCCAUCAUUAAUCUGAUGGGGGCAGGAGUCGCCCACUUCUAUACCUCUUACGCAUUUCCGGACUCGCAAAAACCCAGGUACUAUGGUGGUGGGUCUAUGAUGUGUGCUGCAUCUUUGGUCUGCGCUCUCAUGGCUAUUGGUAUCAAGUACCAUUUAAAGCGCGAAAAUGCUCGAUUUGAACGAGAAGAGAUGGGCGGUGAAGUUCCGGCUAGGACUAUCAAGGCCAGUAAGAGUGAUGGUGAAGCUGUUGUUAGCUUUAGAUAUGUUCAUUGAGUGUUGCUGGUUGAGGUCCUUUCUGCUUUGAGUUUGCGACUCGAGACGAUUGCGUGGUGUGGCUCGACCAAUGGGUCUCAUUUUAUGAUAGAGUGUUGAUGCUGGUGUGAUACAAUGGUACCAUGUGGCACCAUGUUUAUCUUUUUCCAACUGAAAUUCUGGUGUUCUUGAACACUGAUACCAAGUGAGAUUCGCUCUCCAUUCUCUUCGCAGUCUGAAAU